GCGCUGCCCGUUGUUGUGUCGCCGUGUGGAGCCCGCCGCGAGUGUCGAGUCGAGUGUAGUGACAGUGCCGUUUGACCGCGUGUGUUUGUGUGUUUGUGCAUCGGUGAGGCGUCGGGCCGACUUUACGACCGCUCUCGUUUAGACAGCCUUGGCUGCGCGGUUUCCGCUUGGAGCGCCGCUUAUUCGAAUCGAAGCCGCUUCCAAGUGGUCGCGAAGCAGGUCUGCCGUCCCGUCCCGCGCAUCGCGGGCCGGCCGGAGGGAGGGGCUGCGUCGGAACAACACAUCAAGCCAAUCAGCGUGUGCGUGUGUGUGUGCCAGACGGCAAGAAGAAGAUAUCAUCGUCGGCGGCGUUUAUAACCGUUAUCAGGUGCAAGGAGCAGCAAGCGGCAGCAGCACCGGGACCGCCCGCCAAAGUUGGCGUGCCCUCGUCUUCGUCCUCCUCUUCGUCUGCCGCCGGGAUGUAUGUAGAGUGGCAGCAUCAUGGAGAGCCCAAUGAGCGCUCUUGCUUCAACAGUCAGAUUCAUCAUAAUCUUUCUAUUCAUUCAAAAAACAUUUGCCGAUGUUGGACUUCGGUUUGUCCGUGCCCCAGAGCCUAUUGCAGCUCCACCAGGUGAUGAUGUUACGUUUGAAUGUUCUCUUAAUAUUCCCGCUGAGCAAGUCAGAUGGCGUCAUAAUGGACGCUAUCUAAAUAGUACCGCUCAUAAAGGCAAGCCUCUUCAAAACAGCAAUCAGUUGAAUGUACUUGUUAAUGAUGAGCGACAAACUGGUGAUUACCAGUGUGUUGCCUGGUAUGGAGCUUCUGCCCUUGCCUCUAUACCUGCCCACCUGAGCCUUGCUGAGAUGGGAGACUUUCCAAACACAGAUGAUACAGUCAUAGAAGUAAGAAAAGGGAAUACUAUUUUAAUACAUUGCCAAUCACCAAGUAGCAACCCUCCUGCAGUUUUGCAGUACUUUAAGGAUGGCAGAAAUCUCCCUGAAUCAGUUCAAGUUAUAUCUUCCACCGGAACCCUAGUGCUUCCAAAUGUUUCUGAUAAAGAUGAAGGUACCUACACUUGCUCUGCAAGUAAUUACAUUACUGGCAACACCAUCACCUCUCACCAGAAGAUAUCCCUCAGAGUAUCAUGGAACACUGAACCUCAACAGCCUCGGUUUCCUUACCGUCCAGAAGAUAAUUAUACAAUUGCCACUGGAAGCAAUGUUACUCUAGAGUGUGCAGGAUCGGGUUAUCCUACUCCCUCUGUAUCAUGGCGUAGAAAGAACGGCCCCCUUCCAAGUCAAUCUGAAGAGAUACCUGGAGGAUUGCGAAUUCCAAACGUAGCUGCCUCAGAUAGAGGAACGUAUGUUUGUGAACUAUCCAAUGGCAUUGGUAGAGCAGUACCUCAUGUUAUAUCUUUGUUUGUUCAAGAACCUCCAACCCUUGUGUCUGAGCCCCCCAAAACUGUAGGAGAAGAAGGUGGAUCAUGUCAGUUGGAUUGUCAAUUUCGAGGGGAACCAAGUCCAGUCAUCACUUGGCUCCUGAAUGGUGAAUCAGUGAAUAACGACUCUCUUAUCAAAGCUAAUGGAGGCACUCUGCGCAUCAAUAGAUUAGAAAAGCGCCAUGCUGGCUUCUACCAGUGUAUGGCCUCCAAUGCACAAGGAACUACCUAUGGCUCCACAAUGCUGCAAGUGAAACCCAUGCAGGUCACUGCUCACAUGACUGGUGACAACAUGCCCGAUGUUGAUGACUCUGAAAUUGGCGGUCCUGGUAAUAUUGGACUUACAUCUUCACCCUCCUAUGGUCACCACCAACUCGAGAAGAAAGAGCAUAGGAGGGGUGGUAAAGGUAGACGAAAAGAUAAGAAGCACAAAGGAAAUGCUGUUAUGAUACCUCCUACAAAACCUCAUAUAACUCGCUUGUCUGAUGAAUCAGUCAUGGUGCGGUGGAGUGUUCCGGAUAAUGUUGGAUUACCUAUCCAGUUUUUCAAAGUACAAUACAGAGAGUUGGGCAAUGGUCACACAAGGGGUGGUGGGCGUAGAGGUCGUGGCAACCGCUGGAUGACCAGCAAUGAAGAUAUAGCACCACAUAUCAGGAGUUACGAGGUGUCAAAUCUGGAACCAGAUCAUACCUACAGGUUCCGCAUUGCUGCUGUGUACUCGAAUAAUGACAAUAAAUUGGGCCCCAAUUCUGCAAGAUUCCAUCUUCAUCGUGGCUCACCAGCACUCAAAACACAUCUUAGUACUCCUUUAUUGACUACAACAGAGGCUGUGAGUCCUUCAGCUAUUGAAAUACACUGGCAGUACACACCUUCUGCAUCCUCCCCGAUUGAAGGCUUUUAUGUGUACUAUAGAGCUACAAGUAAUGCUGGUGAAUAUGUUAAAGCCACUGUUGAGGGUGAACAGACUCGUGCCUAUAUUAUCACACAUUUGCUGCCUGAUACUAUUUAUGAUAUAAAGCUUCAGAGUUUUACUGUUGGAGCUGCAUCAGAUUUCAGUGUUAUACGCACUCAUAAAACUCAGCGUGAGAUGACAACUCCACCUCCCAUGGUUAUACAAGCUGGCUCUAGUGUUAUAACAGACACAGGGUCUUCCAGUAGUAUGCUUUAUGUGGUGUUAGGAGCAGUACUCGGAGGCCUUGGAUUACUCCUAGGCCUGUGCUUAUUAGUUUUUCUCUGCAACCGACACAGCCAACAAUCUCAAGAAGGAUCUCACAAUGCAUCACACGAUCCUCAUGACACCAUUGAACGAGAUAAGCCUCUGGAACCGGUAAUGAAUGGGUUUGCCCUGAAUGGGAGGACUGCUGGCACACUUGGCAACUUGGGCACCUUGGGCACCAACCACAGCAGUUUGGGUAAUGGUCACCUUCAACCUAAUGGACUGCUCAUGCAUGCUAACACCAUCACCAUCACUGGAAAUCCAUUGGAUGAUAAGAAGCACACAACAAUGGAGAUGACAUUCCUGUCAAGCCACACGAACAACAAUUGUUCCAUGGCACAGCGGACAGCGGCGGCUGGCAGCGGAGCGCUGCUCAAAGUGCGCAGCUCCCUCAGGUCAACGUCAGCAGCCUCCGAGGAGGAGAACGACCUAGACCGCGCGGACCGGGAACGGGAGCGGGAGCGCAUGGAGCGCUCGGAACGCAUCCCCGCCAGGGCCGGCGAGAAUUACGUGUGACGUUGAAGGGAAGUCCCUUGAUGGCUAGCAACGAACUGGUUCCUUGAUAGAAGAGGAUUGUGUGCUGCUAUUCAGAGACAAGGCAGAAGGCACAUUUUUCAUGAAAAUUGGGACAAGUGUACUUUUACUGGGCUGUGCUUUCUGUUGUAACUGCCAAACUUCCUGUUAUUCAUGAAAUCAAGUUAUUUCUAAAUCAAAGUGCAGUUAAGUUUCACACACACUGUUGAAUCAUUCAAAUGAAUUUUGUUUUUAAGUGUGUCUUUGAAUGUGUUUGAUACAUCAUUUUAAAGAACUGUAAUUAUUGUUAAGAUACUUUAAGAACAUUGUGUGUGAGCAUGUGUGCGAGAAUGUGUGUGUGCUUUUUCAUGACACUUAGUGCCACCUUGAUGAGGUCAGGACUGGGCACAAGUUUGUGGCCUCACUGCAGCCAAAGCAAGACUGAUUGAGAAGAAAACAGCAGUUAUCAAAAGUAAUCCUGUGAUCCCUGUAGAUACUAGAAUUGUAGAGCCUAUGUUGGAACUCUAUAAAUGUUCUGUAGUGUUAUAUUUGUAAAUGACUGAUAGUGUACAGGAAGAUUAUAAUGUUAAAUGAUUUUAAAUAUGAGAAGACAAGGUGUAAGACACUGUUGUUUUGAUUUUGUUUUGUAUAAUAAGACACUGUACAAACUUGUUACGAUGAAUUUAACAAAUUAGAUUCAUGUCUAUCAUAGGCAUGAAUAUUCCAAAUUCUGCCUUAUCAUGAUCUUUAACUAUGAUUAUUUGUCUUAUCUUUUAUUUUAUUCUGAUGCUCACUGUUAGUAAGAAUUCCUGUGAUCUUUUAAGUUAAGUUUUUCAUUUUGUCUAAAAUCUCAUUUUAAUUUUGUGAUUCAGUUUUCACUUUUUGUCACCUUUGGCAUUCAGUAUUAAAGUAAUUUAUGUGGUGUACAGGGUUGAUGACCAUCAGAAUUUCUGCAUAUUUAAUGGACUUAUUGCAGUGUAUCCUUAAUUUUGGACAUUUUAAACUGUGUUCGGUAUCACAUUUUUCGUCAAAUUUUACUUGAUGUUUUAUCUGUAUAUUUAUUGCACAUGACGCUUAAUCCCUGAAAAAUACCUAGUUAACAAUUAUGACUGAUAUGUAAAUCAUCUCUUCCAGAUUCAAAUAAAACACUUAUGAACUGAUCUUA